AUGGAAUUCUUGAAGAAACAGACUAUAUCAUACACUCAAAUUUAUAUCAAAACAUCGUUUUAUAAACUGUAUACUGCAUUGGGUCUCCAGCUCUUCAUUCAUAUUGCAACCACAGCCAAACUGGUAUGUUAUUUUACCAACUGGUCGCGAUACAGAACUGGUGUGGGGAAAUUCCUGCCAGAGAACAUAGACCCCUUCCUCUGCACCCAUCUGGUUUAUGCCUUCGCCAUCAUCAACCAUGCUAAUGAGAUCACUGAGUAUGAGUGGAAUGAAGAAAGCCUCUAUAAAUCAUUCACCGAGCUCAAGAACAGAAACCCCAGGCUGAAGACUUUACUGUCAUGGGCUUUCAGAACACUUCAGUUCUCCAUCGUGGUGUCUUCUGCAGCCAACCGUCACACUUUCAUCCAGUCUUCUAUCAGAUUCCUGAGGACUCAUGGAUUUGAUGGUCUGGAUCUGGACUGGGAGUACCUUGGAGCUGGUGGAAGUCCUCCAGAGGACAAGCAAAGGUUCACUCGGCUCUGUAAGGAGAUUUGGGAGGCCUAUGAAGCUGAGCGUAAAGGAGUCAGCAACACACAACUGAUGCUCUCUGCAGCCGUGGCAGCACAGGAAGAUGUUAAUGAUACAAGAUAUGAUCUCUCUGAGAUGUCGAAGUACCUGGACUUCAUCAGUGUUAAGACCUUCAACCUCCAGGGUCAAGAUGGAGUGACAGCCCACCACAGUCCACUCUACUCUGAGAACAAUGCUAACAUAGACUCUGUCAUGCAGUCCUUGAUGAGGCGAGGAGCCCCAGCAGGGAAGUUGUUGCUGGGUUUUCCCACUCACGCUCGUUCCUUCACACUCUCCACCACAGCAACCGGCCUGGGAGCCCCAGCCAGCGGCCCCGCCACUUCGGGGCCCUACACCCAGCAGAUCGGUCUGUGGUCUUACUAUGAGACCUGCUCCUUCUUGAAAGGCACCUCAGUCCAGUGGAACGAUGGUCAGAAAGUUCCCUACGCUGUUAAAGGCAACCUGUGGGUCGGCUUUGACAACCAGAGGAGCUAUAAGGCAAAGGUGGACUAUCUGCAGAGAAAGCAGCUGGGAGGAGCUGCUGUGUGGACUUUGGAUAUGGAUGACUUUAAUGGACAGUUCUGUGAACAGGGCAAAUAUCCACUGACAGCAGUUCUAAAACGUAAACUCAGUGAAGCAACGGCUGAGCUGGUGGCUAGAAGCUAA